UGCUCUCCUGUCCCGCUGGGGUUCGGGCUGGCAAGGCUCGGGGCUGGAUGCUUCAGCUCUCCGGGAGUAAAGAGGAAGAGGGUGUGGCUGCGGUUGAGGACCAAGAGGUGGGGAAGCCUGCAACGCAGAAGGGGGCCAGCGCACCACAGCAAACGGCCAAGGUGAAAUUUGGAGGAGGAAGGCCCAGACAGAAGCCAAGGCCUGGGAGGUGCUCAGGUCAGGUGCAGCAGGAGCUAGAGCCAGAGAGGGUUGGGACGGAGCCGGGGGCCACGGAAGCCACACGUGGGAGACAGGUGCACGCCCAUCACUGCCCAGGCCUCGGGCACAGCAGCCCAGACACACCAGUUGGGCUGCUCCCGUCUUUUCUUCCUUUUUCUGCAGCGGAAGGGUAUUCUGGAGAUGAUGGGGAUACAGAGGACAUCGUUGCGGUCCUUCGGGAGUCUGUCAGACUCCCCCUGGAAGUUCCAGCCGAUGAAGAGCUUGAGAAUAUCGUCUGGUCCUCUCAUGUAAGGCUUGCCACCAUGGUCCCUGGGAAAGAGGGGCAGCCGGCCACCAUCGAGGUGACCAACCCUCGAUACAAGGGCCGAGUGAGCUUUCCCGACCCCGGCUACUCCCUGCACAUCAGCAAUCUCAGCUGGGAGGACUCAGGGCCGUACCAGGCUCAGGUCAACCUGAGGACGUCGCAGAUCUCCAUCGUGCAGCGCUACCGUCUACGUGUGUACCGCCGGCUGUCGGAGCCUCGUGUCACCGUGAACUUUGAGAUCUCUCAGGAAGAUGGCUGUAAUAUAUCUCUGACCUGCUCUGUGGAGAAGGCAGGCCUGGACAUGACCUACACCUGGCUAUCCAGGGAGGAUGGUGUGGACACAGUGCACGAGAGCUCUGCCCUCAGCACAUCCUGGCGGCCUGGGGAUAAUGCCCCCUCUUACACCUGCAGGGCCAGCAACCCCGUCAGCAGCAUCACUUCCCGCCCCAUCCCUGCCGGGUCCUUCUGUUCAGAUCCCGGCUGUCCUUCGGAGAAGUCCACUCACCCCUGCGUCUUGACCAAGGGGCUGCUGCUCCUCGCGCUCCUUGUGGUCCUGGCUGCGGGGCUGUGGCUCACUGGAGCCCCAACACGGGGCCGAACACCAAGGAAGAGGAAGCUCGAGAGAAACAGACUCAGACUGAAAAAGAAGGAGAAGCCCCACCCCAGCCUGGCCUGAGCGACCCUGGGACCACAGUCCUGAGCGCUGUUUCUCCCCCAGCCCCCGGGGGCCUCUCCUCCCAGGGGGCCGAGGGCUGGGUGCUGUAAGGGCCAUACUCCACAGGGGGUGGGGGAGAGGAUGAUUAUCCCGCAAUAAAGUCGAAUUAGGUGACCACC